ACCACUUCCAACCCACAAAGGCUACAGGCAGUCUAAAGCCGGCCCUCUUGACCCCUCGCUACACAAAGCGCAUUGCACAAAGGAAAGAGACUGCAGACCCGCCACCAUGUCUAGCGGCACGCCUUCCUCCACGAUCACUCUCACCAGCUCCGACGGUGUCGACGUCACAGUCGAGCGCCAGGUUGCUGAACGCUCGGUUCUCAUUAAGAAUAUGCUGGAGGAUUUGGGUGACUCGGGAGAGGCUAUCCCUGUCCCCAACGUCAACGAGGCUGUUUUAAAGAAGGUUAUCGAGUGGUGCACCCACCACAAGCUUGACCCCCCUAGCGCUGGUGACGACGAUGACUCGCGCCGCAAGACCACGGAUAUCGACGAGUGGGAUCAGAAGUUCAUGCAGGUAGACCAAGAAAUGCUUUUCGAGAUCAUCCUGGCAGCCAACUACCUCGAUAUCAAGGCCCUCCUCGAUGUCGGCUGCAAAACCGUUGCCAAUAUGAUCAAGGGCAAGUCGCCAGAGGAGAUUCGGAAGACAUUCAACAUCCAGAACGACUUUACCCCUGAGGAGGAGGACCAGAUUCGUCGCGAGAACGAGUGGGCCGAAGAUCGCUGAUUCGGACCGUACGGCCGCUCUACUGCCCAGCAUUAUGUCGGCUAUCUGCCAUUGGAAUGGGCAGCGGUUAGGGUUGAUCCCUUUUCCUUUUCUAAUGACGAUUUGACUAGAGAUCCUUCGGAUCCAAGUCCCUCAGUAUCAUGGCGUUAGGCUUUGCUUCAGCACAUUUUCUAUACUUGCUCGCUUUGACGUUGAGAAAACUAUUCCC